CUCCGGUGAGACCGAUUGAAACAGAUUGUAGCGCUCCCUGGGUCGCAAUGGCAACUGUCCGGAUAGGACGGCAGCAGCAAGUUUUGUCGAAUUUGUAAUGUUACGGAGACGUUAUAAGUCGUUGAAGAAACUACUUUCUAAUGUGAGAAACAAACGUCACACAAUUUCUCCAGUCCGAAAAUGUCCCAGGGAUGUACAAUUUCUGUGGAAGAGAUCCAGUCUUGGUGGGAAGUCCCCGCCAUAGCCCACUUCUGUUCGCUGUUCAGGACAGCGUUCAACCUUCCAGACUUUGAAAUAGAGGAGUUGGAGAAAGCCCUGUCAGAGCAGGACUUGGACUUCCUCGGGGACCUCAUUGCCUGUCUGUUGCAGGGAUGCUACCAGCGCACUGACAUCACCCCCCAGGCAUUUAGCAGUUACCUGGAUGACAUCAUCAGCUACCGGUGGGAACUGGAAGAGGGGAAGCCCAACCCACUUAGAGAGGGGCCCUUCGAGAAUCUCCCUCCUCGCACUCAGGUGGAACUGCUGCACCGACUCUGCGAUUACCGUCUGGAUGCUGCUGAUGUCUUUGAUCUGCUUAAGGGACUGGAUGCAGACAGCCUGAGGGUUGAACCGCUGGGGCAAGAUGGAAAUGGAGCCCUCUACUGGUAUUUUUACGGCACUCGUAUGUACAAAGAAGAGCCAGUCAAGAGGAAAGCAGACAAGAUCAGCAGUGAACCCCCUGAACAAACAUUACCAGAGAAAAAGAAAAGGGGAAGACCACCAAAGAAGCGAAAGCUGGAAGACCCUCAGCUAAGUGAGGAGGAAAGAGAAGUGUCAGAAGUCAAGACAGAGAAUGGACUGGAGGAUCCCCCACCAAGCAAAGGUCGUAAGCGAGGCGUUUGGUCCCUUGUGUGUGAUACAGAGGAACAGUGGGUCAAACUGGCAGAAAGCAUCAAGGACAAACCCUCCCCACAGGACCGCCACCUCUACCGUGUCAUCAGCCAGAACUUCCUGCCCGAGAUCAGCAGCAUGAUUGAGCACAAGGAGCGGGAGCAGAAACUGAAACUUCUAGACCCAACCCCAGUUCGCACAUCACAGCGGUUCUCUGAAAAACACGUUAAGCAAGAGGACGAGGACAAUCUGAAGGCAGUAACAGAGGAUGAGAAGAAGAAAGAUGAAGAGCUGGACAGGCAGGUACUGCUGGCUGAGCAGCGACGAGAAGAGGAGAGGCUUCUGCAAGAGGAACGGCAGCGCGAGAAGAUGGAAAAGAUCAAAGCUGUGGAAGAACGAGCAAAGAGGCGGAAGAUGCGAGAGGAAAAGGCCUGGUUAUUGUCUCAAGGAAAAGACCUGCCACCUGAACUCCUGAAUCUGGAGCCUUCCUCCCCUGUCCACAGAACACGCAGGAAUAAGGAAUUCUAUGAAAUUGAUGACGACUACACUGCUUUAUACAAAGUACUUGAGGCCCUGAAAGCCCAUAAAGAUGCUUGGCCUUUCCUGGAGCCUGUGGAUGACUCCUAUGCCCCCAAUUACCACGAGAUCAUCCAGACUCCCAUGGACCUGUCCACCAUUGAGAGGAAGCUCAAUGAUGGAGAGUACGUUGCUAAGGAGGACUUUGUUGCUGACGUGAAGCUCAUGUUUGAAAACUGCAUGGAGUACAAUGGAGAAGACAGUGAGUACACCAUCAUGGCAGAGUCUUUAGAACGGUGUUUUAGUCGGGCCCUAUUAAAACACUUUCCAUCAGAGGAUGGUGACACAGACGAGGAAUUUCACAUCAGUCGAGAAGACAAGGAGCGCAAGGACAAAAAGCGCAACCGUAGCAGUAAACAUUUGGGACCUGAAAGUCUCAUCAAGGCCACUGAACAAGUCCAACGUAAGCGAAACUCCCAGGGGGGCAAGGGCAGCACACCCUCUGAGGAAGAGGACAACAGGCUGACACGACCACCUCCUCCCCCUCACUGGGCCAAUAGCCCCCAUCACCCCCACACCAUGCAUCCGAACCAACAACGCAUUCAUGAAGGAGACAUUAGGGGCAUCUAUCAUCCAGGGCAACAGCUCCGUCAUCCACCUGGUCCCCCUGGUCCUCAUGGUCCACACAUGUAUGCCCAAAGAAUGGCUAUGGAUCCCCGCUUCGCCUACCCAGCUCACAUUCCCAGGCAUGGAGACCCCAACCUGAACCGCUUGCCCCGCAACUUUAACAUGCAGCAUCGCAUGGUUGAUGGACAUCACAUGGGUCCCAGGUAUCAAAUGGGUCCAGAUCCUAACCAGCAGCAGCCUCCACACCAGCAGCAGCACCCCUACAUGGGUCCAACUCAUGGUCCAUCUUUAGGCCCACGUCCCGUGGCCCUGCAGCCUGGACCUCCUCCUGAAGCCAGCAUGUACCCAUCCCACCACCAUUCAGAGAGCCACCCCAUGCAUCCCAUGGGCAACAGAUUUUCAGGACCAGAUGGACCACCUCAGCACAACUACCCAGGCUUGAGGCCUCCUGGUGUGGGCCUAUCGAACAUGUGGACUGGUAUGAAUCACCAGGAGAGACCCAAUGGGAUGCGCAUGCAAGAUCCCAACAUGGUGAACCAGCGCAACUUUAGCUACGGUGGAGUCCCACCUCCAGUGGGACAUAAACCAUGGCCAGAAGCUGCUGGAUACCCUCACCCUCCUCCCAAUGCCCAGUAUCAAAUGUCUGCAGGGGUCAGCACCCAGGGGCCCAUGUCCUCACGUCCCCCUGUUCCCCACCCAGACUCCUCUGGUAGGACACGCUUGGCUUCUAUGCUGGAAAGCCCCGAGAUGCUGGCCCUGCAGCAGCUGUCAGCCUCUUCUGGACCCCCUGCUGGUGCCCCUCAUCAGCACAUGGGCAACUUUCAGCAGCCUGGGCCCCCAUCAGGAAUUGGCAGCAUCCCAGCUCACCCCUCUCAGCAGCCUCCCCCUGCCCCUGAGGUUCAGCUGCUGCGUCCUGCUAGAGACAAUGGGCCAGACAGCCAGCCUUCCCAACAGACGGACAUGCAGCCCAAAGGCACAACACCAGAGAACAAAAUGGCUGCCAACAACAUUUGUAAUGAAGCUUCAACACACAAAAACACUGUUUCAAUUAAUCAAGAGCACCCGCCCAACCCUAGUCCCACAGGAUGCCACAGUGGGGCAGCAGAGGGAAUGCAGAGCCCCCCAGGCCCUAACUUGAGCAGAUCACAAGAGAAUCCGCCAGGCCUCCUGCAGAGUUCAACAGAGGGCCACAAGCAGGAGGUCGAUAGGCCACUGUCCUCCUCAACAAAUAGUGCCACUACUGUUUCAUCCCAACUCAACGCAAGUAACAUCAACUCCACUGAUCCCACUCCGCCCAACCCCCCUCAGCAUGCACAGAACAGUCCACAGCAAAAUGCACUUCUUCCCCAGAAUGUACUGCCACUGCAUGUAUCAGCAUCCCAGAAUCCCACUCAGCAAAUGUCAGAGAACAACUUACCACACAUGCAGAAUGCACAUCAGCAAAGUGAACACCAGCAGAACGUCCAAAAACAGCAGCAGCAACCUCAGGCAACCCAGAGUACCCCCCCACAAUGCCACCCUCCUAGCUCUCCCCAGCUGCUGACCCAGAAUGCUCAGCAACACAAUUCUCUGCUACCUCCUCAUCAUGUCCCCCAAAAUAUCUCUCCACAACGUCCAACACAGAACAGCCCCAUGCAUGGGAUGCCACAGAGUGCCACACAAGGAGCCCAGCCUGGACCUCCUCAGCCAGCUCCUCUCACAUCUUUGCCACCCAGUCAUCCUACCCCACUAUUACCCUCCCAGCCUAGCCCGGCAGACCAUGGGAAUCAAAGACCUUGUGAACCUACAAGUAGAGCGGACACAGAAGCUACUGCUGUUCCUCCACAGCACACCAUGAUGAAACCUGGGCCUCCAAAUGGUAUUUACAAACACCAGAAUUUCAGCCCCAAUCACCAUCAAACCCAGCUAGUGGGUAGUAAUGCAGGUAUGCAGGCUCAGAGAGGGCCCUCACCUGGUCACAACCCAGCCAUUCCUCCUAACUCCCAAGGUCAGGUAAAUGGAGCUAUGGGUCCAUACAGUAUGGGGAACCCUCCACAUCCACACUACAGCCAGACCAACAUGACCAGGUCCAUGCCUCCCUCUGCUCACCACCCUUACCACAACCAGGCUACUAACCCCCUCCACAAUGCUGCUCACCACCCCACCUACCACCAGCAGGGAGGGACUGCCUACUCCUACCACAUGCCGGGCCAACAGCACCCUCAGGCCCACCCCAACAUGUACCCACCUCACCAGUACCAGCAGCAACACUACUACCCCCAGCCCCACCCGCAAGCUCAGACCCACAACCAGGCCAGCGGCAGAGGGGGUUAUCCUCCAGAGGAAUGGCAUCGGCCUCAUUAUCAGCCUCGCCAGCCAAUGCCACCUAAUGCCUUCCUACCUGCAGCCAGUGCUAGAGGCAACGGCCAGUCGAAGGAGAGCAGUGUGUCACCGCUGGGCUCUGAGGGCUCCAGUCGUGCUAGUUUAGUGUCUCCUGGUCCUGUGUCUGAAGCAGGGCCACACCCUGGAGGCCCAGAGGAGGGGAGGGGUGAAAACAGGGUGCAGUCCAGUGGAGGCGGCAGCAGCGGGGGCAGUCCAGCAAGGCAGGCUCAGACUGAGAGCUCAGAGCGACCUGAAAGCCCAAAAGAAAUCCUGGACCUCGACAGCCAUAAUGCUGCCGCCCGCCGCCGUAGCGCCCAUCCACCUCAACAGCAACGCCCACCUGCCUCUGCUGCACACAUGGCGUCUGGCUUCAUGUACGACCCUCGUGCCAUGCACCCUGGGAUGCAGCAAGGUGGCGUUCCUCCACCACACUUGAUGUCUCAGGCCCGAGGAGUUGGAAACGGGGGCUCUUACCCUGGCCAGCCAUACCCUGAUCCAGGGCGCUACGCUGCCCAACGACCUCACCCACACCUGAUGGAGGCUCUGCAGCGGCCACAGCAGCUGCCAUACUCUCCAGGUCAGACACGCAUGGCCAUGUUCCGACAUCACAGGCCCACGGGGCACUUCCAGGGCAUGAUGAUUCAGCAGAGAGGCCUGGCACCAGAACACUUCCUACACCCAGGGCAACAAAUGAUGGCUGCUCCAGGCGGCCCUAGCAGUAAACAGGGAGUGUGACAUGCACCAUGUGAUCAGAACAUGUUAUCAAAGAGCAUCUGGACAAAACAGUGAGCCAAAAGGAAGAUACUUUGACGGUGACUGGGCAGACGGAGACUACAGAGGGGAUGCUUUGCUCCACAUACAACUUUUAGUGAUACUCAUACACUGGACAAAAACCCAUGGCUCUGUUUUGCCCACUAAUGGACUUGAAGAUCCAACCAGGCAGCUGGUUUUACCAAGAUGACAAUAAUGUGAAUGUUAUUGAGCCCUGGAGAACAAUACACCUGCUUCUCCACACAGAGCUCACAGUGGUAACAGAAGAGCUCUGAGGAACUGGUCGGUAUUCACUGACCCGCUCAAGGACACCUCACCUCAAUGGUUGCUUCCCAUCAUGAGCGUUAGAUCCUCCAGCAGAAGGGCAGCCCUUUUUAACCACUAGGCCAACCUGCCAAACACAGGGAACCCUGCAUUCAAGAACACUGGACAGACCUUUCCUCUUUGAGGUGUCAAAGUAUGGAUUGAUUAAAGGCCACUGAACACAAACCGGCCUGUCUUGCUCACUGACUAGUCCUCGGUGGAGCUGUAAAUCCUCUGACAGAACUGAGAGAGACUGUGAUAAAGAGGAAAGGGAUUGUUGUCUGCUAUUUUUACUACUAUUUUCUGUUCCAACCAUAUUGUAAAACUCAGGUGUAGAAAAGGAGGUACUAUGAGACUGUCACCCCGACCCAGUCAACUCACAGGCCCCCUUGUAAACUGCCUCGUGAAUGUAUGUGUGAAUGUGUCAGUGCAGCACAGUAGCUGCAUGUGAAAGGGCACAAACACUGAUCACUGAUCUGUCUGAAGCAUAAACCGUCCUGAAAAGGCCCCAGUUACUGCCCCGAUUUCCACCCCACACUCUAAGAGUGUUUCUCCACCUCUGGAGUAAACACACAGUAUAUGCAUCUUUCAGAGCUGCCUUUAUUGUUAAGAAUGUCUUUGACUAGCAGAGAGGGGCCGACAAGGAAGGCGCCAUUUGCAUCUGACUAUACCUGACUCUGUUAUGCACUAUAUGGUUUUUGUUAGUCUAGACAUCCUGGAAUUGAGAGGCCUUGGAUAGUCUUAUUUUUAGUCGAUGCCUGUUAACAUAUAUAUGUAUGAAAAUAUAUAUAUAUAUAUAUAUAUAUUAAUUAACCCUUCACUGUAGAGAUGUACCUCUUGUCCCAAAUGAGGCAAAUCUAAAAUUCUCACACAGUGACAUGUCCUACUAGCUGGUAUAUGCACAUACACCGAACAAACACAGACACAUCAAACCCUGCUGUUAUUAUUAUUAUUAUUAUUAUUCUUUUUAAGUGUGACAUUUUUGCAUUCCACCUACAGAUUUGUCGCUUUAGGUCUUUGUUUAUUCAUAGCCCUGCCCUUUGCAUGGUUGCUUCUUUGAGUGUUUCCUCUUUCCUCAUGUCAUUAAUAUACUUAUCCUCAGGGUGUACAGUUUCUAUAUACGGGUAUUUUUCUGAAUUAUUAUUUGAAAGAGGAGCAGCAAAAGGAAAAUGGGACUGCAGCUGUGGUAAAUCAGUCCACCUCAUGUGAAGAACCUGGCUUUUAAGGGUGUUUUUUCAUUUAUCCUAACAAUAUUUGGUUUAGCACACUGCCAGCAUGUUAAACCCCUGUUUUGUUUUGUGUAUUUGAUUUCAUCAAAGUUAUUUGCAAGUGACAUGGAUCUAUUCAGCAAAUGAUUUGAGUUAUUCUACAUUCCUGUUGAUUUGAUGUUAUACCAUUUGUCAUCACAAUUAAUUUUGGCCUUCAGCAACAAAUAUAGUUUCUCAUAACUGGUGUGGAUCUUAGAGGUCUUUUUCCUGCAUCCUACACUUUAUUAUAUCAAUGUUGUACUUGUGAGAUUCCACUUGUGCAGUUAAAUGAUGGCAGCAAAUGAAUCUACCUCAUUUAGCCAGUCAGAAGCAUCUACAGAGUCCCCUCCCCUUCCUGUUUUGCUGAUGAUUUUUUUUUUUUUUUUUUUUUUUUUUUUUUAGGCUUACAGAACUUACAAUGAUAUGGCCUUACAAUAUCUUUCCAUCUCUGGAGAAAAAUCUUAUGUUUGGUGGUUGCAGUGCCCAAAUUUGGCACAGACCGACGGCCAACGAGAUGCUGCCAUGAUUAUUCAGCUGUCACUGAGUGCAGGUGCUCUGUUAAAGAAGCAAUCCUUGAAAGUGUACACUAUCUUUUUAAUCGGUACUUUCACUCUCAGUUUUUUAAUGUCAUCAUUGAAAUAUAAUGGACAUUAUUACAUCACAUGUCCAAGGUCGGACUUAGUUGUACAGAUAGCAUGCCUUCCUGCCUACGGUUGUUGAAACUAGACAGAGUGGGCUGUAUUCCUGUCUAGGGUCUGUAAUAGACUUAAUAGAGUUUGGCAGCAUUAUAAUGGCCUUAGUGAUAUGUACAUAAGGCACUGUAAAGAAAUAUUUGAGGAAAAACGGUGGAAUAGGAAAAUGCUAGAAGCUGUGAGACAAUUUUAUAAAUGUGUCACACAAGACUUGUCAUGGAUGACUUGCUAUUUUCUUAAAAUAGGGAAUUAUCUCAAUAUUUAGUGAGCCUAAUAGGGCCACUUUGGAGGUAGUGUGUUCACUUGUGCUGUCUAAUGUAUGAAGGGCAGUGUUGCUUUUAAAGAUCUGUGAGGUUGUGAUACUGUCUUACGGUGUACAGAUGUGGCGUGUGUGUGUGUGUAUGUUUCUCUGUGUGUGUGUUUUCUGGUGUGUAGAAUCGGCACCAGACAAUUGGAAGUGUGCUUUCAACUCUUCAUUUACUCUGCUGUCAUCCCUCUGCACUAGUGAAAACCAUUUUAGACGUGAUUAAAUGUGAAUCAUAUUUAUUUGCUCUUUUAAGAAUUUUUGUACAUUUUUGGACUUGUUUUAAUAUAAAUGUGGUGUCUGUUUCUUUUUUUUUUUUUAAGCAGUUGUCUUUUACCUCAGUAGCAUGGUGACAUUGGAAAAAAAAGACCUGUACGUUUCAUUUUUAAGUGACGUUUACAAGUUCUUAUCUGACUGACAUAGAUUAUUUUGGAAAUGGAACUGAGUAUUUUCUAUACUGUACAUUUCUUAGAAAUAAAUAACUUUUCUUGA